CGGCUGUUUGUAGUUUACAAUAUGUGCUGCCUAUCAUAUAAAUGUAGGGUCCCUUUAUUCAAAGAUCAAAUAAACAGUAUAACAAAUAUAUGCUGCAUCGAUAUGAACGUAGAAUUCUUAGAUUUCAAGCUUAACCAUUUGUAUUCGAGCAGACUUGUUUGUCAAACUCAACUCUUUAAAUCGCCUCCUAUGUAGUAUAAAGUCCAACACAAAGUUUAUAACAAACGGAGGAUCAGGCUGAGCAGUAGCGGAUCCAACCACAAGCCCCAGUACCGGAUAACCUAGUGCUUCGGGGUCAAAUCCUAUAUAGAUUUGUGAAAAAAGAUUAUAAAUAUAGUUACACUUACAUUUCAGAGCCUAUCUCUCUGUUAGAAUCCACAACAUAUAAAUUUUGGAUUGGCCACUGUGGACGAGGUAGAUGGCUGUUGAAGAAGGAAAAAGCUGUUGCGUGGUGCUCGUACCAUCUCCAUUCCAAGGGCAUAUAACACCUAUGCUUCAACUGGCCUCUCUGCUUCAUGCUAAGGGUUUCUCCAUUGUUAUUAAUCACUCGGAGCUCAAUCCUCCGGAUAGCUCCAAACAUCCUGAAUUCACAUUCUUUCCAUUGAAGGAUGGCUUGUCAAACAACAAUCCUUCUUUCUUGAAUCUGUUUGACAUUAUACCAGAAAUGAAUGUGAAUUGCAGAGUUCCAUUCCGAGACUAUUUGGUCCAAAUGAUGGAAAAACCUGAAAUCUAUGGCCAAAUAUCUUGUAUUGUUUAUGACCAUCUCAUGUACUUCACAACUGAAGUGGCUGUUCACCUUAAACUUCCAACUAUUCUUCUUCGGGCUAGUAGUUGUGCUUACAUGGAAGCUGUUUGCGCCUUUUUCGCACUCAAGGCUGAAAAUUACUUUCCCUUGCCAGAGUCUCAGUUGCUGGAUCCGGUGCCCAAAGUACCUAUUCUCAGGUUCAAGGAUCUUCCCUUCGAUCUCAUUUCCGAAAUUCCAGAGCCUAAAUUACAGUUAUUUGAAAAGGUGGUUAAUUUAGGAUUCUCUGUGGCUAUAAUUUUUAACACUAUUAAAAACCUUGAGAAUCACGCAUUGUCAUGGCUUCAAAAACAUUAUCGAGUUCCUAUUUUCACAAUAGGGCCUUUACACAAAAUUGCCUCCUCGCAAACGAGUUUAGUGGAGGAGGAUACUAGCUGCAUUUCAUGGCUUAAUACUCAAGCCCCUAAUUCUGUUCUCUAUGUAAGCAUAGGGAGUAUAGUAGUUAUGGAUAAAAAUGAGUUCAUUGAGACAGCUUGGGGAUUGUUCAAUAGCAACCAAUCAUUUUUAUGGGUAGUUAGGCCAAGUUCUAUCGAACAUGACCUACCCGAUGGAUACUUGGAAGCAGUUGGAGAUCGAGGUCGUAUAGUGAAAUGGGCACCACAAAAAGAAGUUUUGGCACAUCCUGCAGUUGGAGGAUUUUGGAGUCAUUGCGGUUGGAAUUCAACUUUAGAAAGUAUUCUCGAAGGGGUUCCCAUGAUUUGUAGGCCAUGUUUUGGUGAUCAGAAUGUGAACGCGAGAUACUUGACUCAUGUAUGGAAGGUAGGCCUUGAAAUAGGACCUGAUGAUUUGACUAGAUGUGUCAUAGCGAGUGCAAUAAGAAAACUUAUGGUGGAAGAAGAAGGCAAAGAACUGAGGCAAAGAGUUCUUGAUAUGAAACAGAAACUCCAGAUGUCUUUUCGAGAUGGUGGCUCAUCACAUAACUCCUUGAAGAGUCUGACAGAAUUCAUCUCUAGCAGAGUCUGUCACUACUACAAGAACAGGAAUGAGCGAAGGACAAAUUGAUCUGUAGUUAAACAGCAAAAUCCGUCGCUUGUCCUCUCUAGCGAUAGAUAAAAGGCAGUCCAGUGCACUAAGCUCCCACUAUACGCGAGGUCCGGAAAAGGGCCGGACCACAAAGGUCUAUUGUACACAGCCUUAUUUGCAUUUCUGCAAGUGGCUGUCUAUUUAGCGACAGAUAGCUAUAGACUAUAAAAAAAAUGUUAGU